AUGGCCGCAUUCAGCAAUGAUCAAGCCUCUCCAUUAGAUCCCACCAACGACCCACACGAUACCCUCUGUCCUGCGCUGCCGCCGCCUCAAAAAUCGCUGCAACUUUACCGGCGCAUCGCAUUCGGUCGGAAGCACUUAUUCACGCCGUCAAGUUCUGAGGAGGCCCAGUAUUUCCUUCAAAACCCUGUCCCACACAAGCAUGCCAACACAUGGAAACCGGUCUUCUAUCGGGGAGAUAACCCCAAGUACACGCCCACGAGCAAGGCCAUAGCUCGCAUCCGGAGGACCGGCAUGUGGAAUUCUUUCCAGAUCGAAUUGGGAGACGGCAUCGAGGAGGUUCUUGAGAAUAAGAGGAGAGUGAAGGAGAGGAAGAGUUACGAGCGCAAGCAAAGGACCAGGAAGCGGUUUCGAAUGAAAGAAAAACCCCCCAAAAAGGAACUUGAGGAUGAGAAAGACGUAAAUGGUUUUGUUAUGGCUCUGAGUGUGCGGAGAGUUGGCUUUCUGAAGAGAACGCUCAAAUGGGAGUUGGGAGGCGAAGAGUAUCGGUGGAAGGGAACGAGAACGUUUCUACCUUCUGGCGUACGACGUUGGAAAGGCAUAUCGCAUGAUAUGAAGCUUGUCGAUUCAAACAAGCGCGUCCUUGCAACAGUCGAGAAGGACCGCUGGGCAUUCGUCAGGCCAUCCGAAAGGACUGGUGUUCCUCCAAACAAAAAGAAAUCACUCGUUGGAACGCUUCGCAUUUAUCCAGCAGCUUACGCCGAAGCCGCUUCUGAGACUGAUCAGCUCAAACAGGGCAGUGGCACCACUAUCGUCGCGAACCAAGAAGCGCCCCAUUGUUGGAACAUGGGUGAAGUGGGAAAAGAAAGCCAGAAUUUGAAUGCCGGAGGCUCGCAUUCAGGAAAUAUUACUGAAGAGGCCAUUGUUUUGACUUGUUGGAUUGCUGUGGAGGCGGAGCAUCGGCUUCGCCACAAGAUUUUUGAUCUACUCGAAGAGAUUGCUGAGGAGUUUCAGGAAUGA